AGACAGCAGCAAUGGGAGGCCGUACAGGGACCCAUGAGAGACUCUGGACCUGGCAGCAGCAUGAGGAGGCGGUACAGGGGCCCAUGGCAGACUGUGGACCUGGCAGCAGCAUGAGGAGGCGGUACAGGGGCCCAUGGCAGAUUAGGGGCCUGGCAGCAGCUAUGGGAGGCCCGUAAUCUGCCAGCACCCCUAUGACAAAAAAUGGAACACACCAGCAGUGUGAGGAGACCUGAAAGUGGCACAUGGCAGAGUGUGGCGAUGGAGACAGCAGCAAUGGGAGGCCGUACAGGGACCCAUGAGAGACUCUGGACCUGGCAGCAGCAUGA